GGCUUCCACACUCCACUGGCAAGUCUCAACCCGACAAACAAUUAAUUAGUCAAGCAUUUCAAAUUUCUCUACUUCCACCCGAAAAUGGGGAAGACAUUAAUGGAUGAAGCAAUUGCCAGCAGCUCCAUUGCACUUGUUGGAGUGGUUAUGUUUUUCUUAAUGAUUAUUAAGUGGCUCAUUGUGCAAUUCUUGCUACACUUGUCAAGUUUAAGGUAUGCACUUCAAUUCUUUGUAAUUAAUUGUGGUGUGAACAAUGUUAACCUCGAUGAUCAGACCAAGAUCACAACCGAGAAAGCUUGCACUUACAAAGUAGGUGUCGAAGAGAACACGAAAGACCUGGGUGAGAAGAAACUGUGUUUAGGAGAAUUAGCAUCGGUUAUGGAGAACCUGGGAAGUCUAUGCGGUGAUAACGGGUCUAAGGAGAUGGCUGACUUGCUUGAGGAGGAACCCAGCUUGGAGGAAGUAAAAGAAGCCUUCCAUUUGUUUGAUGAAAAUACCGAUGGGUUCAUCGAUGCAGGGGAGAUCAAGAAGGUUCUCCAUGUAUUAGGUUUCGUCCAAGCUUCGGAGUCAGAAUGCAAAAGAAUGAUCAAGACCUUCGAUCACAAUGGAGAUGGACGUAUAGACUUUGAGGAAUUUGUUAAGCUUAUGGAGGAUAGCUUCUGCUGAAUUGAAGAACCUAAAUUCGUCAAAAAAUUUCAGAAGAGUGGCCUAGCUAAUAGUUCAAAGUUCACGUAUUGCUUGCUUCCUUUCUUUCCUUCUUUCUUUCUUUGUUUCUUUUAUUCUACCAGUGUUUUAAAAUCAACUAGACUACCGCUUUCAUGUUCUUGUAAGGGUAAGGCUCCAAGUUGCAAAAGGAGUAAUAAUAAUGUAAAAAUAUCUACUUUAAGCAUAAAGAUGCAAAGUAUUUUAAGUUUUACU